AUGGACUGGGGAAACAGAGAAACUGAUCUGCAAUUUAUAGACAACUACAGACCAACAGCUGAUGGUCAACAGCAGUUCAGGAUCCUUCUCCACGGACCAAUAGGAGCUGGAAAAUCCAGUUUCAUCAACUCUGUCACCAGCGUAUUGACGGGAAAAAUUAGUGUUAGGGCUGAUGCCGCUAGCAGUCAGACAAGCCAUACUAAGAAGUACACAACCUACAGCAUUGAAAAAGGAGACCAGGGACAGAUGUAUCCGUUCGUGCUGAAUGACAUGUCGGGUCUGGAGAGUGCUGAUAGGAGAGUAAGAAGAGUCCAUGUGAAAGACGUAAAAAAGGCCAUGAAGGGAUGCAUCAAGGAUGGCUACAUUUUUAACCCUCAGAGCAGUUUAUCCAAAGAUGAUCGGUUCUACAAUAAGAAGCCAAAUGUAAACGACAAAGUCCACAUAGUGGUUACUGUCAUUGAUGCCCAAACAGCAAGUAUAAUACCAGACAAUACUGUGGAGAUAAUUCAGGAAAUCAGAGAUGAAGCCGCUGACCUUGGGAUUCCUCAUAUGGUAAUUUUUGCCAAAACUGACAAAGCCUGUCCAGAAAUUAAGAAAGAUCUAGCAAAAAUGUUCUGCAGCAGGAUACUGCAUGAGCAGAUUCAGAAGUUCAGCAAACUGGUGGGAUUCCCAGAGAACUGCAUCUUCCCUAUUAAGAACUACCAUUCAGAGACUACUUUGAAAAAUGACAUUGAUGCUCUGCUCCUGAAAACCCUGAGACGCAUCAUCGAGAUUGCAGAAGAACAACUGAAAAAUAAAAACAGGACCCAAACCUAACCAGCUUUAUUAAAGUCAUAACAUUAGCAGCUUUCCUACUGACUACAGUAGAUCUAGACUUCAGCCAUAAUAUGUUUGACAUGUUCAGCUCUGUUAAGAAAAAACAUUUUACUCUUUGCUCAAACUGUCUGUAAUUGUUUUGUGUAACAAUAUGUAGAAUCCUCCGCAGCCUUUCUGCAAGGUUUAAAUUAGUGAGGGGCAAACUUUAUCUAUCCAGAUCAGGUAUGGGCAUUAUG